AUGAAGCUCAAGGCUUCAUUUUUACCAAUCUUCUGCUCUUUCCUCAUAACCUUAGAUUCUGUUUCUGCACAAGAAAUCUGCUUCAAUGGAUUCUUUAAACCAAACUCCACUUACGACAUAAACCGUCGUCGGAUCCUAUCUUCUCUUGCUUCAAAUGUCCCAUCUCACAGCGGUUUCUUCAACUCCUUCACCGGUCAAGAUCCCAACAGAAUCUUCAUCAUUGCCAUGUGUAUCCCAGGAACCAAACCAGACGCUUGUUCAGACUGCAUCAAAGGCGCAUCAGAAGGCUUAUUACAGUGCUGUCCUAACCAGACAGAAGCUUACACAUGGCCAGAAUGUUGUAUGGUUCGUUAUUCCAACGGUUCUUUCUCUGGAUCACUCCUUAUGGAACCGUCUCGACAACUUACCAUCAUUGAAGAUAUCGUUGUUAAUAUGACAGUGUUUGAUAGAGUAUUUGAAGAGUUAAUGCUCCGUACAAUAUCUGCAGCUUCAUUACCAUCUGGACAAAAGUACUUUGCAGCUGAGGUUGCUUCGUUGCCAAGUUUCCAAACUAUGUACGCGAUGAUGCAGUGUACGCCUGAUGUCUCUUCAGGGGAUUGUGAGUUUUGUCUCAAGAGAACCGUUGGUGAGUACGUGUCGUGUUGCCGAAGUAAACGAGGUGGUGCGGUUAUAAGACCGAGUUGCUUUUUCCGGUGGGAUUUGUAUGCUUAUGCUGGAGCUUUUGAUAAUGUUACAUGGCCACCGCUUCCUUUGACUCCUCCGGCAAAUAAAACAAGGAAAGACAGGAAAUCAACUGUUGUGGCAAUUGUUCUCCCUACCAUCUUUCUUUUGGCACUGCUUGUUGUAGGAUUUGCGGUUUGCUGGAGAAAGAACCCAUUCAGAACGACUGAGAUUCAAGCAACAACAAGUUCACUACAAUUUGAUUUUAAGACGAUUGAAGCUGCAACUGAUAAGUUUGCCGAGAGUAACAUGCAAUACCCUGCGAAGCAACGGGAACUAGACUGGACAAGACGGUACAACAUUAUCAGAGGAAUCGCUAGAGGGAUUCUGUAUCUUCAUCAUGAUUCACAGCUUACAAUCAUACACCGUGAUCUCAAAGCGAGUAACAUUCUCUUAGACGCAGACAUGAACCCCAAGAUCGCAGAUUUUGGCAUGGCAAGGAUUUUUGGAGUUGAUCAGUCUCAUGCCAACACAAGAAGAAUCGUUGGAACAUAUGGUUACAUGUCUCCAGAAUAUGCAAUGCGAGGUCAUUUCUCCAUGAAAUCUGAUGUUUAUAGCUUUGGAGUUAUGAUUCUUGAGAUUAUAAGUGGCAAAAAGAAUAGCAGCUUCUGCAACAUGGAUGAUGAUUCUACUAACAAUUUGGUCACACAUGCUUGGAGGGUUUGGAGAAACGGGUCGCCUCUAGAACUUGUGGCUCCUGCGAUAGGAGAGAGUUAUGAAAACAAUGAGGCUACUAGAUGCAUACAUAUCGCACUUUUAUGUGUUCAGAAAAAUCCUGAGGACCGUCCAUUGUUACCAGCGAUCAUCUUGAUGCUCACUAGUAUCACAACCGCCUUAGCCAUGCCUCGAGCGCCCGGAUUUUACUUCCAGAGCAGGCGUGAACUAGACCCUGAUGGCUUAAACUCAACCCAAUCCACAAGCAGGUCUAUUCCUGGUGCUAUCAUUGACGUAUCAAUUACAGAUUUAGUCCCUCGUUGA